GACGGCGCGCGGUGAUGAGGUCAAAGUGGCCUCCACGUCGCCGGGAUAGCCAAGAUGGCGGCGGCGGAGGGGAGCGGGGCAGGGGGGACCUUGUUCCCAGGUCUGGCAGAUGUGUCCAUAUCCCAGGACAUUCCAGUGGAAGGGGAGAUCACUGUCCCUGUGGGAUCUCACUCUCCUGAUGAGGAUUACUCCACGCUGGAUGAGCCAGUCAAGGACACAAUUAUGAGGGACCUGAAGGCCGUUGGGAAGAAGUUUGUCCAUGUCAUGUAUCCCAAGAAGAGCAGUGCCCUCCUCAGGGACUGGGAUCUGUGGGGCCCAUUGGUGCUGUGUGUGUCCCUGGCUCUGAUGCUACAGGGUGGCUCUGCAGACAGCAAGGAUGAUGGGGGGCCCCAGUUUGCCGAGGUCUUUGUCAUCAUCUGGUUCGGGGCCGUUGUCAUCACGCUCAACUCGAAGCUUCUGGGAGGCACCAUCUCCUUCUUCCAGAGCCUGUGUGUGCUGGGGUACUGCGUGAUGCCGCUGACCGUGGCCAUGCUGGUGUGCAGGCUGGUGCUGCUGGCGGGCGCAGGCACCGUCAGCUUCAUCAUCCGCCUCAUCGUGGUGGGGGCCAUGUUUGGCUGGUCCACCCUGGCAUCCACGGCGUUCCUGGCAGACAGCCAGCCCCCCAACCGCAAGGCCCUGGUCGUGUACCCCAUCUUCCUCUUCUAUUUCGUCAUCAGCUGGAUGAUCCUGACCUUCACCCCCCAGUGAACACCAUCCCAAGGGACUGCUACACUGGCUGGACUUUCUCAUGGACGCUGCAGUGAAUCCUUGGCUUUAUCUCUUUCUAAUUUAUAUAUAGGGAUACUGUAAAAAGGCAGGUUGUGGGAUAAAGCCAGAGAGCUGCAAAAAGUGCUCAUUUGUGUGUCCCUCUUUGUGAAAGAUACUGAGGUCCAGCUGCUGAGGGGUUUAUUUAGCCCUGUUCUGUACUGGUGUUAAAUAAACAGUGCCCACUGGGACAGGGAUUGUUCCAUCUGAGGGGAGAGUGGGAAAUCCUGGAUUUUCAAGCUGCUGGGAGAUUAAGUUUUUGCACGACUUGGCAGAUAUCCUGCCUGUGCUUGGAUUCUCACUGAAGAUAAAAAUGCCUUACCAAACCAUAGAACUUCACUGCAAUCAUGUGUGGAGAGGAAAGAGAUGUGUCUGACUCCUUUUCAUUCCCUUCUAGAGUGAUGGGAUGUGCACCCAGGCAUUGUGGGCUUGGGGCUUUCCCAGGAAAGGAGAGUUCAGUCAAAACUCAGCUGGAUCCCUUUUCAGGGAAUGGAGCUGGUGGCAGGGAGUUGCUUUUGCCCGUAUCCAUGUGUUGAGUGUGUCCAUCCCUUCAUGUGGCAAGAAAGAAGGUUCCAGUUUGGUGCCUUCAGCACUGCUUCUAGGAGGGGACUGUGGGCUCACUGCAAGUUGCAGACCUAUGACCUGAAGGAACAAAGCUCAGAGUCCCGCAGAAAUGCUGAGACUGCUUUGUAGCAAAGACUGGGCUCUUACUCUGCAUUUGGGAAGUACCAUGAAUGUGUAUGUAUGAUAAAAACAAGGGGUUCUGUGCAGAAAGUUGAGGUUUUGCUGCACAGGCUGUUUGGGUCUGAAAAGCCAUACCAGGGCUUGGCCCCCAGAGUGUUAAAACAGCUUGAAGGAAGAGAAGUAAAUGGUACUGGAGGUGUUGGGUGCUCUGAAGCAGGAUGUGAAUUCUGCUCACACCUGCCUCUGUGUGACUGUUCCUUUGGUUGUUCAUGGAGACAGCAAAGAAAUGUGUGCAAAUGUGCAUUUUGUUCCCUUGUACUUCCCAUGAGAUGUCAGAUACUGUUCUGUGGGGUUUUAAUUUUGCUUAAUACUUUAAUAAAAGGGAGGAGGCUCCACCA